AAGACAUAGUUAUCGACAAUGGAUAACAACUAAUGUUCAAUUAACACAUGAGUGAACAUUUACCCCUUUAAACCAUCUUCGUCGUCGUUUAAGUAGUGGUAGUUGUAGUAGAGGGCGUAGCAGUAGUAAUAGUAAAGUACUAAUUAUGAUGUUGAUAAUUUCAGGUGGAGUGCGGACUUCCAUAUCACUGAUCUUUGACAAACCUUUAAACGCCGGUCAUGGAAAACAUUGAUUUAAAAGAACUAUUCAAUGAUGCAGACACGUGCCAUUUCAUGGAUACCAGCUCAUUAAUUCCGUUAUGUCUAUGCGCCUUAUUAGGUAUUGUAACAUAUCUGGCUCACAAUUUUUUUCAGAAACGUUUCAAAAAACAAAACUUUGUCAACGUACACAACACUAUUGUAAUGGAAACGCAUACAUCAUUUCUGGGUGGCGACAUGAAGGCCUCUGAAACCGAUCUUACAGCGUUCGUUGAGAAAUCUGCAAUAGAUACCGGACGUAAAAUAGAAUACGCAGCAAUGAAUAUAACAGAAAAUCAGCAAGAGUGCGCUGUUGAGAUUUUGUCACAAACUGCAUUGCUAAGAACCGAAAUGUUGUCACAAACUGAAUCUCUGAAUAAUAAAAUCGAUCAUCUAAUUGCCGAGCAAGCACCGAGACAAGACGAGUACGUUACGCAACGCCAGGAACUGAUCGAACUGAUAAAGAAGCUUUACACGUUCCUAUUCAAUUACUUGACAAUAUCUCCAUUGAAUGAUAACAUCAAUGAACAAUUACAAGAUGUGUAUAUGCAGCCAAAAAUGUGGACAAUGUGCAAGGAUAAAGGGGCGUUUAAGAAAACAGACAAACCUGUUAGGCUGUACAAGGAUGUGUGUUUUACUGAUACUAAAGUUAACCAACGAAUAUUUCUUCAAGGUGAGGCGGGGUCUGGAAAGACAACAUUUUUUUUAGCAAAGAUGGCCAUGGACUGGUGUGGGGGAUCGCAUGUAUCUAGUGCAUCUGGUAACAGUUCACUUUUCUUUAGGGAUGUCGACUUUUUGCAAGGCUAUACGUUCCUGUUCCAUAUUACAUUGAGACAUUCCGUACAACUAGUCGACGUAUAUACUAUGAUUAAAAAAACAAAUAAUAGACUCAAUUUACUCCCUCGGAGAAGACCGUGAGAAGGCGUACAGACUUGUGAAUGAGAUCAUGAAACGUGAAAUAUGCUUGAUACUACUUGAUGGUCUAGAUGAGUGGACCGGACCAGGAGAUCAACACAACCUACCGACAUUGGUAGUAGAUCACAGCAAAUGUGUGAUGCUAUUUUCAACAAGACCUUGGAAAUUGGCUGUAGUUAAUAUUAAGAAUUCGGAGAUAUACACAUCGGUGCAACUGGAAGGAAUAAUUGAGCCAUUUUUGCUUAGCAGAAUAAUCCUGAGCCGCUUGGUAGAUGAGGAUGAUCUUGAAAUAAAAUACACAGCAUUUGAGAAUUACAUAGAGAAACAAAAGCUCACACAUUUACUGUCAUCUCCAAUGAUGCUCUCUGCACUUGUUUGUUCAUUUUCAGAGGAAAUGGAACUCAAAGGCUCUAAGUGUGAAAUAUACAUUCUCUUACUCGAUAGUCUUUGUAAGAAAGCAAACAGAGGAAUGCGUGAAUUUGAACAGCCCCCAUUUCCAUGCUUAAAAUGUACUCAAUUCAUAAAGCCCAAUAUGGAAGACCUGAAUCGCCUUGCCGAAUUAGCAUUUAAUUCGUUAUUUGUAAACGCAAAAGAAAACUCAAUAGUGUUCAGUAUUACGCAAUUAAGCAAUACAUUGAAGAUGGAUGGACGAGAACUAAUGGAUUUUGCAUUAAAAAGCGGAAUACUAACUGCAAAACGAAACGCUUCUGUAACGCGAUCAACGUCAUCAUUCAUGUUUAUACACUUAAGCAUGCAGGAAUUCCUCGCCGCCUAUCAUAUUGCCCGCAAUACCCAUCUUGUUGAUAGCGUUAUCUUGGAGUACUUUAACCGUCACACUGAUGCACAUCUCGAAAUAUCACAGGUGUUUAUAUUUUUGUGUGGACUGGAUGUAUCAUGUGCGGAAAAGCUAUCAAUAAUGAUGCAUGAAC